AUGAGUGUUCCAGUUGCACCUGAACGUAAAUCAUUAUUACCUUUACGGUUACCAGCACCUUGUGUAGUUGCUCCUCGUCCUACAAUACCGAUGCCAUCAGUUUGUGAAAAUAAUCCUAAAUCAUCAUUAACUGUUGGCAAUCGUGUUUUAGUAAAUGGACUUAAAAGUGGUAUUCUUCGUUAUAUAGGUACAGUAAAAUUUGCAGAUGGACAAUUUUGUGGUGUUGAACUUGAUCAACCAGAUGGAAAACAUGAUGGACAAAUAAAAGAUGUUCGAUAUUUUCAAUGUCCACCAAAUCAUGGAAUAUUUGUACCUUGUGAUAAAGUUGUUUUAGCACCUCGAUUACGAACAUCAUUAUCACAAAGACCAAUAAGCCGUUUGAAGCCUCCAACAAUGACACGUUCAAUGACACAUUCAUCAGAAAUUAAUAAAAUUGAACAAUCGAAAUCUGUUGAAUUACCUGAUCUUUUAGCAAAUACAACUUCUCAACCGGUGAUACUCAAUAAUUCAAUUGUCAAUGAUCAUCAUGAAAUUAUCAUACCAAUCGAACAACCAAAAGAACAGACGAUCGAUGUUAUUGAAUCUAAACUUGAAUUUCAACCACUAACAACCGAUGAACCUUCAGAAACAAUAGAAGCUGAUUUUACUGAUAGUGUAUCAUUAAUAUUACAUCAACUACAACAAGAACAACCAAUUGAAACACGUUCUUCUUCAAUAAUAAUUAGUGAAGAAGAUACUGAAGAUGAUGAUGAUGAUGAAUUAGAUAAUGAAAGUAUUAUUGAAUCUACAAUUAAUGAAAAAAUAGAUACAACUUGUCAUUCAUCAUCACCAUCAUCUUCUAUUUGUAUUUCAAUUGAAUCAACAAAAUUUGUUCAAACAGAUUUAUCAUUUCAUUUCAAUGAUAAUAUUUCAUUUACAAAAAAUGAAUUAAUAAAAAAACAAAAAUCUAUUUUAAAUUUAUCAACAUCAAUUAAUAAAUUAGAAAUUAAGAAAAAAGAUGAACAAACAAUUAUUAAUAAGAAAAAACCAAUUAUUCAAUCGAUUAAAAAAAAUGUCGAACAACGAUCCAUUCCACCAUUAUCUAAUACAACAAAACGACCAAUUAUUUCUACAAUACCUCGAAAGUCAUCAAUCAUACUACCAAAAAAAGGACCACCAUCUAAAAUUCCACUCAAUGCUGCACAAUCGGUGACUUCACUAUCAUCAUCACAAUCGAAACAUAGUCUAUCACUUUCAUCAUGUAAUUCAUUGAACAGUAGUCAGUCAGAUUUAGGAUCGAUAAAUAAAAAUUCAAAUAUAAAAAAAACAUCAGAUACAAAUCAAAAUAUUUUUCAAUCAAGUGGCAUUCCUUCAAUUAAUCUAGAAAAACAAAUCGAUCAAUCUCGUGAUCAAUUGAAUACACUUAAUCAACAAAUGGCAAUUCAAAAAAGUCUUAAUCAAUCUCUGGAAAUUACUAAUCAACAUUUAAAAAAAUACUAUGAACAUCUACUCAAUCAAUUUGAUCUUAUGCAUAUUUUAAGUCAAUAUUAUAUUAAUGAAAAUGAACAAAUUAAAGAACAACAUGAAAUUCAACUAUCGAAAGCUCGAACAACAAAAGAUCAAUUAGAAAUAUCCAUUGAACAUUUACAAACAUAUCAUAAAAAUGAAUUAUCUGUAUUAGAUAAACGUUAUCAUAGUCAAAUUGAAACAUUAAAUAAAACACAUGAACAAAAAUUAAAUGAAUAUAAACAAAAAAUGAAUCAUUUAUUACAUGAAAAAAAUGAAUUAGAAUCUUGUUGUUCAUUAUUACAAGAAAAAGUUGAUAGUUUUUUAACUGAAAUGGCUAAUAGUGAACAUGCCGAUGUUUUAUUAUGUCAUGUUGAAACAUUAGAAAAAGAUCGAACAAGUUUACAAACUGUACUUGAACUUAAAACUAAAGAAAUUACACAAUUACGAACGAAACUUAAUGAACAAGAAAUUCGACUUCAUGAUGAACAAGCAUUACGAAAACGUGUUGAUAUGGUUGAAAAUAAAAAUCAAAAUCUUGAAUAUCUUCUUCAACAUAAAAAAUUAAGUGAAAAAUCUGCUUUAGCUGAACGAAAUGAAUUAAAAGAACAAGUAAUUCAACUUGAACGAGAUAAUUGUCAAUUAAAAUUUGAAAAUGAAACAUUACGUUAUCGUCUUCAUGAACGAUCAUUAUCGAUUUCCAUACCAUUAAAUAAUCAAAUUAUAUUUCCAAAUAAAUCAAUAACUAUUCCUAUACAAAAAUUACAAGGUCGAAAUCGUGCAUGUAGUUUAUCAUCAAUUAUAAUUAUUGCACAUAAGAAUGAAUGCAUUACUCUAAUACGUACUCGUAUUGUUGGUGGUAUUGAAAGUAUACCACAUUCAUGGCCAUGGAUUGUUAGUAUUCGAUUAGCUUCCACAAAUUCUCCUUUUUGUGGUGGUUCACUUAUUACUGAUCGAUAUGUUCUUACAGCUGCUCAUUGUUUUUAUGAUGAAUUAAAAAAGACAGGUGGUAAAACAACUGCAGCAAUUAGAUCUAAAUAUAUCUUUGUAAUUGGUGCUCAUUAUUCAACAGAAAAAAAUACAUAUUUAAAUAGUCAUUUACAUGUAUCAGCGAAUUUAAUUAUCAUACAUCCACAAUAUGAUACAAAUACCAAAAUCAAUGAUAUUGCUCUUAUUCAAUUAAAUAGAUCAGUUGAUUUAACUGAUAAAACAAUUGGUUUUAUAUGUCUACCAAUGCCUACAUUACGUUAUCCAAAAUUAUUUCCAUCUGAUCGAACAGAUGCUGUAAUAUUUUCAUAUGUAUUACUCGCUAUUGGAUGGGGACGUGAACGUGAAGGUUCUUUUGGUCGUGCUAGUAAUGUACUUUUACAAGUUGAAUUACCUAUUCAAUCAUCUUAUAUUCGACCAUCAGAUUGUGCUGAUCAAGUAUAUGAUCCAGAAAAACAAUUUUGUGCUGGUUUUAUUCCAGGUGGAAAGGAUACUUGUCAAGGCGAUAGAUCUCUUUUCAUAUAA